CAGCGUUACGCGCUCGCAUGGAUGCCUGUACUGCUAACCAGUGCUCUUUCUGUGGUGCUAUAUCGGGUGCUGACGGAUCUCUUUUCCGAAGCUGCCGUUGGAUGAGGUGCCGGGAGCUCCUGCGUGCUUGUCGUUUCCCUGUUGUUGCAUCGCACAGUGCGAAACAUCGGCCAAGAUCUGCUCUCGGACGCAUUCUGUAACUACAGCCUUCUCCUUUCUCAUUGAACACGAGCAUCUGGUUGGCCGAACGUCAGCAGAAAAAAACCCUUACUUUGCUUACCGUGUCCACGAUAAGCCUAACAAUCAGAAACUUCAACUCGCAAUUUGACUCGCCACGAACAUCUCAUGUCCGAUGUCUGCGGCUGUUUCAACCUUGGUGUGCUCUUCCAACAGUGGUUCCCGCUCUACUACAGCGCACGAAUUGGCAGACGUAUAUUUUAACCUGUCGUGCUUCGACCGUCGUUUCCCACCUUUUUUAGAUAUUUGCUUUGCUUGGGGGAAGAGUGCUCUGCGUUGUGUCUGUCUAGGGAGCAUUUUUGCGCCCCGUGAACUGUUUCGCCACUGCGAUCAGGCUUGUUCUGAAGACAUGGUUUUUGGUUCAUCUAGCGUGCUUGGCUGUUGACUACUGCUGAGAUCAGCUAGGUUUCGUCGGCUGGUUCUCCAAGAAGAAAACAGCAUGCCCUCUUUGCUGACACUUUUCUGCAGAAGUCCAUAAGGCCACUGCUUGAUACAAGAAAUGCUUGAGGCAGACUCUACCAUGGCCAGCUGAAAAAAUCCACGCCGAGGGGUGAUUGCCAUGAGCUCCGACGAGGAGGAGAUUGUUCCGCAGCGCAAGCGCAACGCCAGGGUGAUUGUUGACGAGGAGGAGGAGCAGUCGUCGUCUGACAGUGGCUCAGAGGGAGGCAGUGGCGACGAGGAUGAGGAUGACGAAGAGAGCAGUGGGGAGUCCGGGUCGUCCUCAGACGAGGCCGACUCUGCAGCAGAAGACGAAGGUGGUGGCGGCGAGUCGGAGUGGGAGGAGAUUCCACAAGAGCUGCUCUUGGAAGGUUGCCAGCAGCAGAUGGUGGCCACAACAUUGGAAGCAGCAUCGGCCAAGAAGGCUGUCCAUGCUGCUCUGCGCAAGGCAGCCGAUGCUGCGGCCGAGGCUAGCGACAGCGACCUGAGCGACGCACAGGCAGAGCGAUGCGCUGUUUGCCUCAACCGUUUCUUGGGACAGGAGGUGGGCACACCCGAGAGCUGUGACCACACCUUCUGCCUCGACUGCAUACAAGAAUGGGCCAAGAACAUGAACACAUGCCCCGUGGACCGGUCUGUGUUUCGGCUCAUCUUGGUGCGAAAGGGAGACCGAGUGGUCCACCAGAUCUCGGUGCCAGUCCCUGGUGAGGGGGAAGCCCAGGAGCAGCAGGAAGAAGAGGACUUGACAUACUGUGAAGUGUGUGGUCGGUGUGAUCGCGAGGAUCGGCUGCUUCUGUGUGAUGCCUGUGACCUGGGGUACCACUGCGAGUGCCUGAGCCCCCCACUAGACUCUGUGCCCAUAGAGGAGUGGUACUGCCCCGACUGUGCACCUGACCAUGCCCCGCAGGAAGAUGAGCCGCUGACUGAUGAUAUGAUGGAGGAGUUCAGAGAAAUGCUGGCAUCACGGUUUCGGCCCGGCCAAGUGGGUGGUCUCCGCCGAGCCAUUGCCCGCACACGUGCCAGUGAAAUUGUGCGCAUUCGCAUUCAGCGCCGUCGUGCAGCCAUUGACGGGGAAACUGCAUCCUCACCUGAACCCUGUCAACGGUCAUCAUCAGCCAAACAAGCACCAGCAAAGCGUUCCUCAGCACCCAGACGGCGGAAAGCGUCAAGUCGCAAAACGUCGAGCCGCAAGACGUCUAAGCGCAAGCGGCGCAGCACUGGCCACCGCCGCAAGCGCAAGACCAAGGGCAACUCAACCAAGCGGCGCAAGGCGACGACUGGCAGCAGCCGCAAGACUCACCGGAAGGGUAGCAAGCGCAAGAGCAGCCGACGCACUACGCGCCGGUCGCGUCUGUCCUCACGACCUCUGGCCUGUCCCCCAUCAGUGCGACAGCGGAUUGCCGAUCGCUUGGGACUUGCACGGCCCCCACCAGGCCAGAGCUUGCCGCUCAUGCGCCGCGUCGACCUGGGCACUUCUUCCUCCACUUUUGCUGCGGGCUCACAGUAUGUGGGCUCAACUUAUGGCCCUUCCUUCUCCCUGUUUGGGGAUCGAGAUGAGCUGGUCUCGUUCGAUGACAGCUACGACGAAGACAGCGGGGGUGACGUCAUGGUUGCCCGACCAAGGUUACCACGACAAUCCUUUACCCAAGUCAAGAAAGCCACCUCAAGACCUGCAUCAUCAUCACUGAAUCGGGUACGUGCAGCUCUGGCCAAAGUUUCUCCACCUCCAGCUUGCGGCGACCUACUGGGCAGCAUCCUGGAGAUGCAGUCUGUGUUCCAUUCCAAAGGAGGUCUCGCGGGGGCUGUUGUGCAACGUGAUGGCUCUCUUGACCUGCGCGCGGUGCCUUCAUCAGCACGCAAGUGCCCCCGAAGUCCUCCUGGUUCCCCUGCUGAAUCCCCAGCUUCUCCUCCGCCCUCAAGCAUAGGUGGCCAUUCAACAGGCUCAGCAAACCAGACUCCCAGCAGACGAGCAUCAAGUGGGGGAGGCUACACUUCGAGCUAUGAUGGUGCGCCGGGGGGCAACGGCACAACACCUAGUCUGCAUGAUGACCAUGCGCAACGGGAAGGCUGUGGUAGUUACCACAACUUGAUGGUUCCAUCUCCACCAGAUGCGUAUGUACGCAAGAAUGGCCGGGACCGGACUAAAAAUGGCCCAGUGGAGGAAGACGACGACAUUGACAUCUAUAGUGACAUUGACGAUGGUGAUGAUAGUGGUGGUGGUGGUGGUGGUGGUGGGGGGGAUGGUGUGAAUCAUAAUGGAGAUGAUACAGAACCUUCAGUGAAUGGUGAAAGCCCAACGAGAGUGUCUGCAGCAGCGUCCGUUGGCAGAGAGAGUGUGCCACGACGUGUCCCAGCAGGCAUUGUGGACCAUGAUGAGGAAGCAUCAUCGAGUGAAAACGAGCUGGUCAUUGAUGAGCAAGAAAAUGCUGCUGAGGUGCCGGAGGAUGAAGUUGCAGAUGAUAAUUCAAAAGCAGCUGAUGAGAGUGAGGAGGAAGGGCCCAUCCUGGAAACAGACAAUGUGAGGAGUCCAUCACCCGAGAAUGACGGGGCCACGUCACAGGCAUCAGAUGAAGAGGGUGGCCUGGAAAUAGUUGAGAAUGGGAACUCAAGUGAUGGUGACCAGCGUGAAGAUGAAAGUAGUGGAGCCAAAGAGGGCGAUGAUGGUGGAGAAGAAGCAGGAGAUGGUGAGGAGGAGGAAGAAGAAAAAGCAGAAGUGCAACCGUUAGCUGAAGAGGAAGAAAACUCACAGAUGAACACUGAAGAGGAAGAAGCAGGUUCCAUGCCAGUGGAAGACACUCCAGCGUCCCCCACAGAAGAGGGCCCCUCAUUCGUGCGAGAUGCGCCUGCAUCUCCCCCAGCUGAAGACUGUCUGUCAUCUCCACUAGAAGGAACGCCAUCACCUCCCGCUCCUGUUGACAUGCCGGCAUCACCAUCAGAAGAUGUGGUUCCUGGCGCUUCACCAAUUGAGAGUGGAGAGGAAUCCUCAGCACCUGUCUCUCCUGAAGCAGCGCCAGCAGAUGAGCAAAUGGCAAAGCCUACAAGAGGAGGUGAAGACGGGCAAGAAAACGAAGACAGGCAAGAAAACGAAGACGGGCAAGAAAACGAAGAUGGGCAAGAAAACGAAGACGGGCAAGAAAACGAAGAUGGGCAAGAAAACGAAGAAAAGGUGAUUGCAAGUGUCGAUGAGGGUGAAGAAGACGACACCCAAGACAACUCAUCCUCUCCAAAAGAAAUUGAGAGCCCCGAAGCCGAGCCAGAAGAGGAGGAGAGGGAGGAGCAGGAAGAGAGCAGCUUGACGGUGGGUGGACCAGGCGAGGACAUCGCUUCCCCGGUGCCGCAAGAAUCAAAGGAGCAAGAUGAUGGUGGUGUCCUCCUUGGUGACCUCCUAGAUACUGAGGAUAUCUCCUCAUCCGAAGAAGAAGGCCUCAUUGAGGAUACCAGCAAUGGCAUGGAAGAUAUAUCAGAGCCGGGUAGUACAGAUGGCUUGGUGGACAACCUGGAGGCCAUUGUCAGGGAGCAGGAGGAACCUUGGCGAUGUGACCAGCCGGGGGAGGAGCAGCCGCAGCGUAAGGAGCGGAAGAGCAAGCACAAAAAGGAGACCUGUCAUCACCGGAAGCACCGUCGUCACCGACGAACAAACAGCAGCAAUGAGGACCGUGAAGAAGGUGAGAUCAUUGAGGAGAGCUCGCCAUCCUCUUCGAGCCGGCGACGGAAAGAUGUGGAGCCACCUGAAAAUGACCCGGCUGAGUUGGCACCACGUAUCAACAUUUCUGAGUUGCCACGGAUCCCCAAGAUCAAGAGGGGCGACAAAGCGGCGAGUCAUGCUGCUGAUAGCGAAUCUAGCGUUGGAGGUGAUGGCAAAAGUGUGGUGGUGACAUCGCAUGCGGAAGUAAAGCGCACCAGUGUGUUGGGCCGGGUAGACUCGGGCAGUGAUAUCAGCUGGAAGAAACUGUCUAAGCACUCACGGGAGCGCAGCUAUCGAGACGGAAAACAGCGGGAUGACACGGUGUUGUUCAAGGAGCGCGACAUCAAAAAACGUGAGAGAGAGAGUCGUGUUGAGCGCUCUGACAAUCCAGCGCGGAAGGACACUGAGGCGAGGGCAAGCUCCCCCUCGCCACCGCCAAAAAAGAAGGAACGGCGCCCCGACCGGGAGCUCUACGUUCGCCCUGACAAGAAGCGCGACUGGAACAAAAAGGACAAAGAAAAGGAGAGGUCAUCACACAAGGACGGCAAGUCGUCGUCAUCGCACAAAGAACACAGAGACAAGUACAAGGAGAGAGACAAGCAUAGUAGAAGUGGCAGCAGCAGCAAAGAACGGACCCGCCACAGUAGUAAGGACCGACGACGGAGCAACUCGAAAGAACGCCGUGAGCACAGCCACAGCAGUCGCCACCAUAGAGACCACUCGGACGAGCGCUCGUCGGAGAAGUCCUCCAAGCACAAGGAUUCACGUCGGGCAGAUGACCGAGAGUCAAGACGCUAUGAUGACAGGGACAGUAGGGAUUCAAGGGAAAAACGAGACUCAAGAGAAGCACGGAGCUCUCGGGAAACACGGGAUUCAAGGGAUGAUGGUAGUAGAGGAAGAGAGUCGAGAGAUGUGAGAGAUUCUAGGGAUACGAGGGAGUCAAGGGAGUCAAGAGACAACAGGGAAUCAAGAGAUGUGACGAGGGACAGCAGAGAAUCGAGAGAGAGCAGGGAAUCGAGAGAGAGCAGGGAAUCAAGGGAAGGCAGAGAAACGAGGGAGUCACGAGAAGUAAUUAGGGAGCCACGGCGAACUGAAGAAAAGAUUAAGGUGGUUGUUGAGAAGGACUACUGGCGUGAUAAGCACGAGCGGCGGAAAGAACGGUCACCCAGCCCUUAUUUGGAAGAGGCAGAAGAGCACACACCCAUCGAGUCAAAAGAGGUGAUUGCCAAGGGUGACAGCAUCAUAAUCAAUGUAAAUUUCAACCGCAGCAAGAAGGAAACAAAAUUGGCGACUGUGCCAUUGAAAGAUACCGAUGCACUUCCUAAACCUAGUGUCAGGGACUCAAGGUCACGUAAACGUGAGGCCUCACCUGCCACACCGCAGUAUGGAAGUGACAGUGACGCUAACGAGAGUUCGUCCAAAAGGAGACGCCGCCAUCAUCGGAUCGGCCAUGACGGCGGCAGGGACGAAAGUGAAGCGAGUGAGCAGGACGACGACCAAGAGGCGAUGGAGCGGUCACCAGCAUCUCCUGCAUAUGACUUCGGCGAUCAGGCAUCAGCGUCUUCGCCAUCAGGGAGUGAUGGCUUUGCAGAUAACAAGCCAAGCACACCCCCAGAGGUGCACGCGUCACCCCCAUCGCCUGCUGCCGCGGACAAGUCGCCGACAUCAUCACAAGCGACUCCUCAGGCACCGGAGCCACCAUCACCGCCAUUACCCCAGCUGCCCAUCCUGUCAAGCAGCUCCGCCAUACAGCUGUCACCGCGGUCGCCCCCAUCGCCACCAGAGGACAACAGCUAUGACCCGUGUGAGCCGACCAAAAGCCCAAGCCCCCCGCCGCCGCCGAUGGCCUCAGUUGCAACGGCUACUGAAACCGAUCCUUGCCCACCCCCUGAGCCUGAGUUGCCACCACUUCCGCCAGAACCAGAGCCACCGGCACGCACUACCAUGGCAACAGCAGCGUCCUUGCCACCGACUCUGCCCUUGCCGUCGGUGACAGUUGCAGCACCCGUGAGCGGCCCGCCAGUGCUCCCUACCAUGGCGGGGCUGCAGUUGCAACCCCCGCCACCAUUCUUGCCGGCAAGGCCUCUUACUACAGUGGUGGGAAGUCUGGCUGGUCCCUGGGCUCCAGCUGCGGCGCCCAUGAUCCUUGGCCUUAGGGCACCGUUCGUGCCACCGGCGCUCGGUGCACUUCUUCCCCCACCAAUGGGCCUCAUGCCACUGAGGCCACCACCUGCGCCAAUCGUGCGGCUUACCGCCCCGCCCAUAGUCACUGCUCCGACUACUCUCAGUCUGCCCCCUGAACCGGCGUUGCGGGGGACAGAGCAGACGGGUGUCGUGGACAUGGAUGUUUCGACACCACCGCUGUACUCCCCCACGGACGUUCCGAUUUCCCCUCCGGAGCCUGCUGCGAUGCCUCCUCAACCAGCACCUGUUGUGCAAAAAGCAUCAUUCGACUCCCUUCUGCCAGCUGAGCGGAAAAGUGGCAAAGGCAGUUCCAAGUCCAAGCGGCAGCACACCAGCAGUAGUUCACAGGAUGCUAAGCAUGUUGUGCACUUUGUGGUCGACAAGAGCAAGGGUGGUUCAUCGAAUGUGACCCGGAGCCGGUCGGAGUCCAAGUUUAGCAGUCGCAGCAUGGACGAAAGCCAGCUCCAGAUCCUCGACGAACUGCCCAGCUCUGCUGUUGAGAUGCAGGUCAAGGACAAGUUCCUGAAGAAGCUUAACAGGCAGGAGCGUGUGGUGGACGAAGUGAAGCUGGCACUCAAGCCUUACUACAAUCGCCGCGAAAUCUCCAAGGAGGAGUACAAGGACAUCCUAAGGAAAUCUGUUCCAAAGAUCUGCCACAACAAAAAGGGCGAGAUCAACCCAAUGAAAAUCAAGGCAUUUGUCGAGGGGUACAUCCGAAAGAUCAAGCACCAUCGCAAGAAACUUAGCAGUGAGCACCGGCACAAAGCAUCCUGAGCAAUGAGUGACUGCCACCUGGGGCCCUCGUUGUCGUCACCGUGAAAGGAACGCUUCGCCUCGCGAAGUGGGUGCCGGAGUUUGUGCCUGGCAGCACCCAACAAGUCAUCAUCAUCACGCGGUCGGGCGGCCACUUGUCAUCGCACGUCUGCCAGCUGCGUGUUGUACAAACAAAGGACCGUCACCCAUCCCCUUCCUCCCACGAUUCAUUACGAGCCCUCCCUUCGCCCACUGCCCACCCAGUCCAGCCUCCAGACAAGCCAGCUGCAAUGACUGGUCCACGACCAGAGAAACCCACAUUGUCACCCCAGAUCUUUCGGCAAUGGCUGCAUCUUUAAUACGUUGUAAAGGAAGACGAAGCAGAGAAGAGACCGCUGUGUGCGCAUGUCUGCAGUGCAAUCGUGUGUGCGUGUGAAAUGAACUGUGUUUGACGUACAACAAGUAGCAACUGCUGUGCACACAGUCUCUCUUAUCACGUGCCCAGACCUUGUGUAAAUAUAGCGCGUGGGUCAUCUGCUAAGAUUAAAAAAGACUAACACAUUCAAAAACUGGCCAUUGCUAUGUGUGUGUGUGCACGUGUAUGUGUGUCCUUUUUUGUAAAAGAUAUCUGCUCAGCCAUGGAA